AUGAAGGGUCUCUUCACUACGCUGUGUCUAGCCCUCGCUCACUUUUGCCAAUUGACCGAGGCCAAGUCCGGUUCUUGGUCUGGCACCAACAACUACUUCCUUCAAGGCAUGUCAGACUCAGCCCAGGACGCUUACAUCCAGACUUUGUCCUCCUACGACACCAAAGUUGUCAGGCUCUGGGUCAAUCAAGCUAGCAAGGGCUGCCAGAAAGGAAGCCAGAUCGUCAGGGAUAUCCCGCAGUUGGAGACCACUAUCGGGCAGUACAACAAGGUAACUUUGGAUGAGAUUGAUAAGCUUCUGGUCAAGUUGUCGGACAAGAACAUCAAGGCUAUCAUCUCACCCCAUGACGCUAACUCCUUGAUUGGAGACUACAGAAAGGACGCCUAUUGGGCCCGAUGGGGCUCUGGGUAUUUCUAUGAGAAGCAGGACGCCUUUGAUGCAUACGACGCGCGUCUGUCGUACAUUCUUAACUACAAGGGCACAUACUCUGGCAAAGUCUGGAAGAACUGGCCGACCGCCAUCUUUAGCUUUAACCUGCAGAAUGAACCUAUGACUCCUGGACCUAGCAACUGCAAGAACGGCGACCCUUCAGGCUGGGCAUGUGGCCGUGCAACCUUCAUGCGCAACGCGGGACUCGACAGCCAUAUCCUGAUUUCCACUGGUGGCCUAGGCGGUGACUUUUCACAUGGUUGCACCUUUCUCCCUGCGGUCACGCAGUGCAAGGCUAUCGAUGCCAUUUCCGUCCACCGUUACGCGAGUGUCCCUGGCAUGUGGAGCGCCAACUUACCCAACUGGCUAAAUCAGGCCAACGGAAAGAAGGUCUAUCUCGAGAAAUGGGGAGUCGAUUCGCAACAGUAUGAUCAGAAAUCGGUAUUCGUCUCGGAAGUGAAUGACAUGAACUCUGCUGGCCUGCCUAACAUGUACUGGCAACUUCUUCCCCCAUCGUCUGGAGGCUGUAGCUACAACCCCAAGAAUGACGCUGGUGAUCCUUUUGGCAUCUACACUAACUCUGGAGUCAACUUGGCGGGUCCGAUAAAUGGUGCUACCUCAUCGGGGGCUGCUCAAGACUGGACUGGUAGUCUAGAUGUCAUCAGGCUCCCCGCGGCACCUCGGACGAUCUAUCUCGAUGCCACAGGAAUAGCCAAAGACGAUUUAAUCGACCUCCACUUAUUCAUUCCAUCGAAUAGAACACUUUGCACGGUCAAUGUGAGAAAACUUGGAGAUGCAGCCUUCUCGGUCGUCGGCAACAGCGAGACAUCUCUUCGAGUGCUUCUCGAGUCGACAAACAUCCCCAAAGUGGGAUUCGACAUCCGCGACAUAUCCCGAAUCUUAUUUCACCGAUUCAAAGUGUCACUAGGCCGAGUUCAUGACAUACAGCUCUUGGAGCUAGCAAGCAGAAAUGACGGACAACAGAAGAAGUUCCUAUCAGGACUAACAAGCUGCAUCGAACAAGCUAUCUCGAACGAAGAUCCCGGCAAAUUUCGGUGGCAUAAUCCUGAUGAUGCAAAAGACCUACGGUUCUACCAAGAAUUCGGCCAUGCGCCGUAUUGGAUCAUGAAGCGGGUCGAGAUAUUCCCAGUAUUAUGGGAGGUUUACAACACGAAGCUUAGCAAGCCAAAGAAUGCAGUCUGGCUACACCUAGCAAAACAGGAGUCAGAACAAAGAAUCCACGACGCAAUGAAGAAAAGAAGGAAGGCCAGAACGGAGAAACAAAGCUGGGGUCCAGAGGUUUUCUGGGAUGAUCAACAGAAACAGAUAGCAAAGGACGUCUGGAAGGAAGGCAUUAUGUUGAAUGAGCUGAUGGGGGACGUCGAAAUUAGUCAAGAUGAUGAGUAA